ACCAAGGAGGAAACUUUUUCUUUAUAUCAAUCCCUUCUCGUCACUUCUUUCUGUAACUCUUUUGCUUCUUUAUUUUUCUGAGAGUAUUGCAUCUCUCUCUCUCUCUCUCUCUCUCUCUCCUCGGUCUCUGCAACAUGGAGGUUCAGAUACGUGUUUUUUGUCUCUUGUUGUUUCUCUUGAGUCUGCUCUCGGGGUCUCAGGCCUACACCUUCUACGUUGGUGCGAAAGAUGGGUGGGUUUUGUACCCUUCUGAGAAUUACAAUCACUGGGCUGAAAGGAUGAGGUUCCAAGUCAGUGACACUCUUGUUUUUAAGUACAAGAAGGGAUCGGACUCGGUUUUGGUGGUGAACAAGGAGGAUUAUGAGAAAUGUAACAAGAAGAAGCCGAUCAAGAAGUUUGAGGAUGGUGACUCCGAGUUUCAGUUUGAUCGGUCGGGUCCCUUUUAUUUCAUCAGUGGAAAAGAUGAUUACUGUGAGAAGGGUCAGAAACUUAUCAUUGUGGUGUUGGCUGUGAGGGAGCCUCCUCCAUAUUCUCCAUCGCCACCAAAUCUUCCACCUCCUCCAAAAACUCCUUAUCCACCCCAUCUUCCCCCAAAAGCACCUUCACCUUCAUAUCAUCCACCCCAUCUUCCCCCAAAAGCACCUUCACCCUCAUAUCAUCCACCCCAUCUUCCAUCACCUCCACUUCCUCCAACCACUCCCUCUCCUAUUCCUUCCCCUACCCAUCAACCUCCCUUUGUUCCAAUAACACCAUCGCCAUUUUCUCAAACACCUUAUGUGCCACCACCACCCAAAACUCCAUCUCCUACUUCUCAACCACCGUCCAACACUCCUUCCCCCACCUCACAACCACCUUACAUUUCCACACCACCAUCCACCGCCCCUUCUCCCAUUUCCCAACCUCCCUACAUUCCAAAACCUCCAAACGCUCCUUCUCCAACAUCUCAACCACCCUACCCUAAUGCCCCAACUCCAUAUCCCAAUUCCCCUAUCAUUCAACCCCCAUCAUCAGCAUCAUCUCCAACUUCCUCAUCACCCUAUCCAUCCACCAUCCCUCCAUCAUACCCACCUUCCCCCUUCGCUCCGGCUACUACACCCUCCACUGCUUCACCACCAAUACCGUCUCCGGCAACCGCCACUUCUCCUCCGGCACCACUACCGGCAGCAACAAGCCCAUCGCCGUCGUCUUCGUCGGGAUCGUCCUCGAACGAAACGACGCCGUCCCGGCCAAACGGCGCGUCGUCUAUAUCUGAAUCGCGUUUUGGAGUGUACUCACUAACCAUUCUGGUCGGUGCUGCUCUCAGUACCAUUCUUGGUUAGAAAACCAGACUUGUUUGUUUUUGGAACUUGAAUUUUUAUUUUAUUAUUAUUUUUAUUUGAACAUAUGAGAUAUAUCCAUAUUAAUUUUAUAUUGUAUAAUGAUAAUAAUAUGAAUUCUGUGUAUCUAUGGUUACCAAUGUAGUCAGUUAUGUGAGUGGAAAUACUCUGUUUGAACAUUUUAAUA